GGUGAGCGCGUGGUGCAGCCGCCCCAGCUGCAGCCGGUUACCGGUGGGGCUGAGGCUGGGGCAGCGUUGGCCUCCCGGUGUGCCCCGGUCUUGGCUGCCGCUUACGGCGAUGUAAGUCCUAAUGCAGGAAGGGGACGCUUAACAGGGGCACCGAGAGGCUCGUUUGAUUCUCAUGUAGAUGCUAAUUAUAGCUGUAUGCUGCAGCACCGCUGCUUAAUGAGCUGCAGAGGAUCGCUGGGAAACGAAUGGCGGUGUUAAUUGAGGCCACGCGAUCUGCUGCCAGCAAGGAAAGCGCUGAGCUGCCCGGCAGCGCUGACAGCAGGCACCGCAAAGCCCGCCCGCUUCUCGUGGAAUCUGAGGGAUGAAGCAGCUCUGCUGGGUGUUCCUAUGGGGGUGUUCAGCCUGGAGAAGAGAAGGCUCCGGGAGAGCUCACUGCGGCCUGCCAGUGCUUGAAGGGAGAUGAUAGACAGCAGGGAGAGCGACUUCUAACGUGGAUAGGUGGCAAUAGGACAAAGGGGAAUGGCUUCAAACUAAAAGAGGGGAGAAUUAGGCUAGAUGAGCAUCACCUCCCGGGCAGCCGCAUCCUGCUCACACCUGCAUCGGGAUCUCACGGGUGGAGCGUGCUCUCCGGUGUGGUGAAACUGUUUCCUGUUGAGAUGUUACCAGGGAGUGGGUGACACGGGAAAUAUCUGGUGUUCCCGUAGGAAUGAGAGUGAUGUGGAAGAGGAGGAAGAGAAAAUAGGUUAACGCUGGCUGCUGACCCCGGGAAGGCUUUGGGAAAUGGCCUCUCCGUUCGCUGGGCCCACAGCAGUUGCUGAUGUAAUUAAAGAUCUAGACACGCAGAUAGCUUUAAUUGGUUUGGGUCCCCACAACCCCAAGAAGAAGCAGGACCUCGACAAGCUUUAUGAUCUAAAAGCUAAAGCCCAACAGAUUAUGAACCAGUUUGGCCCAUCAACCUUGAUCAACCUCUCCAACUUCUCCUCCAUAAAACCCGAACCCGCCAGCACUCCCCCUCAGAGCUCCAUGGCGAACAGCACCGCCGUGGCAAAGAUGCCCGGCACGCCCAGUGGAGGAGGGAGGCUCAGUCCUGAAAGCAACCAGGUUUUAACCAAGAAGAAACUGCAGGACCUGGUGCGCGAGGUGGAUCCCAAUGAGCAGCUAGAUGAAGACGUGGAGGAAAUGCUGCUGCAGAUCGCCGAUGAUUUCAUAGAGAGCGUGGUGACAGCUGCCUGCCAGCUCGCGCGGCAUCGCAAGUCAAACACCCUGGAAGUGAAAGAUGUCCAGUUGCACCUUGAGCGUCAGUGGAACAUGUGGAUCCCGGGCUUUGGUUCUGAAGAAAUCAGGCCCUACAAAAAAGCCUGCACUACAGAAGCUCACAAACAGAGAAUGGCACUGAUUCGCAAAACCACCAAGAAAUAACCCCUGGGAAGAGCUCGAGAUGACGCCGGUGCAUUCUGAGAUAUCUGCCUCUCCACUGCAGCCUCCACGAUGCCAUCCACGGGAUAUUUUUGUUAAUGCUUUACAGAGAAGCAUAUAUUUUUUAUUAACGGUGCAGCAAUAUCUGACUUUAUGAGGAGAUCUGCCAAAAAAAAACAUUCUGUCCUCGUUCCCCUUAAGAGCGCAGCGUAUCUCACAGCAAAGACUUUUAUUUGUGACUUGGAAGUGGUUUAUCGUAUAAGUGAUUAUCCGAGGGACAGAGCAUUUGAUCUUGUGUGGGACAGUAUUAGAAGCAUCUGUAGAGGUUUUUGUUUCCUCCUCCCUGCCCCUCCCCGCUCCAGUACUUUGUAAUGUCGGUGUUUAUAUAAAUACUUGCGUUUGUUUUACAUGAAUAAAGAAAUUAUUAAUCUAAAA